AUGACACUUAAUAUCGCCGACUUCGUGAUGACGCAGAGAAGACACAUGCUCAUUCUGAAUGCUGAAAGUCUCCCGCGUCAGGGCUUCAGCUUGAAAGAGCAUAUUAAUGGAUAUCAGAGGCCGAGGAGCAAAAAGGAAUUUCCUGGAUUUGCUCAUGUCUUGCGUAGAGGUUCAACAGGUAUCCUUCACGCAAUAUGUACUGUAGAAGCUCAGGGCGCUGAACAGAAUUUGAUGCCGGGAGUACAAAAAAUACAAUUACGGAAUUUGCUUUGGCUUGCGCAACUGGAAGCCUCAAUUUCAGGAAAUCGUACCACUGCUCUCUCAGGCGUUUCCUGUACGAUAGCCCCACUAGAAUUGAGGGGUCUUCCAUUGACGGGCCGACUCGGAUUGCCCAACGUCCACAUGGGCAUAAUUUUUGGUAGUCGUCAUAACUGGGCUCUUAUAUUUGGGAAUAGGCUGCGAGAAGGAGUAAACGAGAAGAGACUCUGGAAGGCAGGGGAUAAUUUGAAUAUGCCCCAGACGGCACUUCUCGAAUAUGUUCGCAUUGAUGAUUCCUCCUUGGCACUCCGUAUAUUGUGGGAGAGCGUCAGAAUGUUUGUCGGCGCUGGACAAGGUUGCCUUAAGCGGUCCGAUAGCCUACGCACAGGCCUUAUUCCGCAACGGGUCGCGCCGGAAGGGAAUACUGCUGUCAAGGCGAGGCCGGAGAGGGGAACCGUGUAUGAAGUGGAUGAAGAUGGUUGCAUUAAAGCGAAGGAGAUGAGCGCAGGGGGUAAUGGAAACAACACUAUCGAGUGUAGCAUUCCCCACACCAGAUGGUGUUGGUCUAGGAUGUGUGGAAGAAGUGCUGUGAAGUGGCGUGAUUUUGGAGACCAGUGCGGCUUUUGGCAAGAGAUCGACGCCCGCGGCGACUUGGUCUGGAGGCAUGCGAUGGUAUCCAGAGAUCAUAUUUUACUGCCAGAUAACCGAGAAACAAAGCCAGCAGUUAUCGUGCUUCCGACUUCUCCAUAUAAAACGGAGGCGUGGCAAGCUCUGUCCUUUGCGGAUAUGGCUGAAUCCGGUGCCGAAGGCUCGGGACAUGAAUGGCAAACCGGCAAAUUGACGACGUCGCCGUUACCAGUGAAGAGCCAGCGGAGAGCAGCAGCCACCAAUAACACAAAUAAGAGUUGGUACCCUUGCUUCGAAGCUUGCAUCCCCAAACGUGAUGUUCCCGCUACGAUCCUUCUAAAAGCGCAAACCAUCGAAUUAUCUACCACCUACAGGAGACAAUGUUGA